UGAACAUGAGAUGGCAUUACCAUGUGAGAUUUUUAUAGCUAACAAUGUCGAACAUGAACAACAAUAGACAGAGUUCAUCUUAUUCAGCUAACAAGAGUUAAAAUGCUAGAAGGGGAUGUAACAUCUGAUGAGCAUGCAGACUCUCCACAAGAUGGGUGCUCAAGAAUCAAGGGAAACACUAGAAAAAAGAGAAAGCCAUCGACAAUGGAGUUUAGAGAGAACAGAGCAAAGAAUGACACAAACAAAUGUCUCAUGAAUCUACAUUGAAACUGGAGAGUACGGGGACUUCGUGUUCUUUAAGCUAGGAAUGCGGCUGCUACCAAGAGUACUGCGAGGGUGAGGCCAUUUCCACUGGCAAGAGCGCCGUUCCCUGGGGUUGAUGGGACGGGGCCUGGUGACAUCGGUGACAUGGGCGGUGGCGCUGGUGGAGAGAUGGGCAUGGAUGGGCCCAUCGGAGGGGAUGCCGGUGGCGGUGGCGAGCCGCCAGCUGUCGGCCCGGGGCUCAUUGUCGGUGUCAUGGGCGUCAUUGGUGGAGGUGGAGGCAUGGCCAUCGGUGGAGUGGCCAUUGGUGUAGGCGUGGCCAUUGGUGUAGGCGUGGCCAUUGGGGGAGGGGCCAUGGUGGUAGACGGUGGGGCCGCCAUCGACAUGGGUGGGGCUGACAUGGAGGUUGGCGGCAUGGUUGGGGACAUUGGGGCCGCCAUCGGGGUGGAGGACGGAGCUUGGGCUAGUGAAGAGUAAGCCAUGAGAGAGAUGGAGAGGGUGAGGCAAAGCAUGACACCAGAGAGAGCCAUGCUUGGUCCUUCUUGGUUUGUAUGGAGAAAGGAAUUAUGAGUUCAAGCGAUGGGAAUGAGAUGGGCUUUUAUGUAAUGAAA